AUAUGAAUACCGACAGCUGCCGGAGUUUACCGAAUGCCACGUUAACAAACGUGCGUUACUUGCUUGUUGGCUACGGAAAACAGCAUUGAACAUGGAUCUGACACAGCUAGCAUGCGUGAUAUUUUUCUUGUGCUUUAAUUCAUUUGACUGUUUAAUGUUUCAUUUGCCUGUAAAUUCUAAAAAGUGUUUACGAGAGGAGAUCCACAAGGAUGUCUUGGUGACCGGAGAUUACGAACUGUCAGAUGCACCGGGUCAGAAAGCAACACUCGCGGUUACCGAUUCCAAGGGCCACAUACUCUACACCAAAGAUGAUGCUAAGAAAGGAAAGUUUGCAUUUACAACAGAAGAAUAUGACAUGUUUGAAGUUUGCUUCCAGACAAAGAUGGUUGGCGGUGGACAUGGCGGGGACAGAGAAGUGACACUAGAUAUGAAGCAUGGAAUCGAGGCCAAAAGUUACGAUGAUCUGGCAAAGGCAGAAAAGCUGAAACCACUGGAGGUGGAACUGAGGCGACUUGAGGACCUCUCAAAAUCAAUUGUUGAUGAUUUUGAAUACAUGAAAGAAAGAGAGAAAGAAAUGAGAGAUACAAAUGAGUCCACCCACUCGCGUGUGAUGUACUUCAGCAUUUUCUCCAUGUGUUGUCUCCUCGGCCUAGCCACAUGGCAGGUUCUCUAUCUACGACGAUACUUCAAGGCCAAGAAACUCAUCGAAUAAUGCUUAGAUUUAAUUUAGAUAUCUAUCUUCCCUCUGGGAAAGUGUUUCCAUUUUCCCUAAAAAUAAACAUUUCUGUUAUUUAUUGUUAGGAUAAACAUUUUUAAUGGUAUUCUAGAUGAAUGUCGAUUUCAAAUAAUUUCUUCCAUUAUUUGCUAAAGUAAGAAUUAAUUAAAGAGGUCAACCAGUUUUUGAUGGAGAAUCAUACCUACAAGGUGGUAUGUUUUCAAAAUAAAGAAAUUUAAGCCCCUUACGAUACUUUUUACAAUAUUUGGAUAACCCAAGAUGUAGCAAAACAUAUUGUAAUGUCAGACUUUGUUUUAACUUCAAGCAAAAUCUUAAUAGUCAUUGGUCUAAUUUCACAACCGGGGAAUUUUUCUGCCUGCAAACAUUUUAUUAUCCACGACCUAAGGCAAUACCUCUGUUAUUCUACUGAUUUUAGGGAUUUUUUUUCUAAUUUCAAGAACAAAAGCAUGCUUGAAAAAAACCUAAUCCUAUUUUAAUGUGCCUAUACUAAAACCACUGCCAUACUCAAUUUGUUAUAAGAAGGCCUACAGAGAAUGUACAUGGUUAUACAUGUACAUUGUACCAGUAUUUAAUGUACACAGAUGAUAGUCACUUAUUUUAACGAGGAUGAUUCCCUGUUAAAAGUGGUCAGCCUCUUUUGUUAAAUAUGCUUUCAGGAAUGCCUUUUCUGUUUUCAACAUCUUAUAAUGAAUGUUUGGCCAUUUUGGUGUUGCAAAUUUUUCGUUUGGAAAACUUUUGCAUUAAAAAGACCUAUUGAUGCGUUUAUCUUUGACUGAACAUUGUACAUUUUUGUAAGCUAUUUUAAAAAAUAGUGGUUGCACCAAUGCCAUUUUAUAAUUUGGUUAAUAGUCCCAAAUCUCCUUCAUUUUGGCUUGGUAUCGUUUCAUAUUUGAACAAAUUGAGCAGUUGAGUUUGUAUUGAAUUCUAUGUAGUCAGUUCCACAAAUGCUCAGCAAUUGACAUAAGAUGCUAUUGGAAAGAACUAAAUAUGCAAUUUUUAAUAUGCUAUUUAAAAGCCUCUGAAAAAACAAUUAAUUUCAUCAUAUUUUUUCUUGGAGAACCAGAGACACUAAAAUUAUUUUAUAUUCCCCAAAACAUUUCAUUUAAAUUUUUGUUGUCUUUUCCAAGUGCUGCUGGAAUGAUUUUCGGACUUUUUUUGAAUCAUGUUUACGCCAGUGAACACAAUUGCCUGUUUUCCUUGUUUAAAAAAAAAGAGUUGUAUAUUUUAGGGUAAGAAUAAGUGAACAUGCAUAUUGAAAAGUGUAAGAUUUUUGAAGGAAAGGUAAUAAGUUCACUUAACUGUUGGCAGGGUGUUUAAUGCUUUAUAACAUAGAUUUAGUCAAUAUGUUGAUUUCGAGGUUAGAGAGAGCGCGAGUGAGAAAAUAAUGUUUUAAUUAUGCGAUAUGGAUGUAUUUGUGGCUGAUUGUAAUGAACAGAGACUAGAUGAUUUUGAAAGAGACCAAGCAGGUCAUCAUUGCUGUUAAAAUAAAUCCCAGACGUACAGCUGUCUAUAAAACCAGCUUUUCCUAUUGUAAUGUGGUUUUAAGUACGAAAUUCCGUUUUUGUUGUCAUCUAUUUUAUAUAUAAUCUAGUGACAUGACCUUGCAUGAACUUGUUUAAUUAAGUAGUAUCACUUUGGUUACAUGAAUGUCUAUUUUUUUUGUUAUCGAUUAAAUUUAGUCCUAUUAAUUAAAAAACAGCCCUGGGUUUUAUGGGAAAAUACAUUUUGAAACUAAUACACAACAUCCCUUUCAUGUAUGAGAUAUCCUGGUGUGUGGGUGUGUAGGUAUGUGGUAACGUGUAAUUCACAACAGUAUCAAAGUCAGUAUGAUAACCUGUUUCUCUUGUUUACCAAUUUGCAUCAAAGUGAGAAACUCAUUACAUGCGUAGGCAAGGUGUAUGAACAGUACAAGUGAAAUAUAAAUGUAUACAUUGCAUGUAUUGGACGAGAAAUAGCAUUAGUAACCUUUGGCGACCAUUUUGUAAUUAACAAUGGUUUUCUGUCAAGUCUCAGAAGGGAGGUGGAGCCUUAAUCCAAAGCUUCAUUGAUUUAAAAAAGUCCUUAAAUAAAAAAAAUUGAAGUUAUUCCAAAUGUUUGACACAUUGCAAUUUUGUUUUUUCUUUCUAUUUUCUGGCAAUUUUGAUUAAAAGAUUCAUAUUCAGGCUAAUAAGACAAAGGUUUCAGAAUAUUUUUGAUAUAAAAUUGUCUUUUUUUUUUUUUUCAGCUGUUCAAGCCUUGAUGUUUGUAAAAAUAAGGUGUUCACAAUUAUUGUGUUAUUUAUGGUUUGAUUAUGAUGGUUAAUAUGUGCUAUAAUGAGUGACUUUACUUUCAUUUAUUUUUCUUCCCUGUAAUGGUGUUUCCCCCAUCAUUUUGAAAGCAUGGAUGACUGAGAGAUUAUGAGUGUUAUGAUAGAUUUCCAUUGUUGUAAAAGAUUUCCCUGGAAAUAUGGUGAAUAAAUGAAAGGUAAAUGAUCC